AUUAAAAUAAAAGUCGUACGAAAAUAACAUUAAAUACGGUUUGAACAAGUUACAUUGUAUUUCAAUUAUGAUUUAAACAGGUUAGGUUAGUUAUCAGUACAUGAUGUUAACUAACCUAACUUACGGAGCUUAUCCAACUGUCCAAGGAUCUGUCGGAAAAUGUAUUCGAAGAGAUAAAAAUAAUCGUAUAGAGUAACAUUUCAAUGAAAGUAAUCGAUUGGGGAAACAGUUUUAUAGAGUGAUUAUUGAUACGUACGAAACUUACAAAAGAAUAUUGAAAUUCACGAAAUUAAAACCGAUGCACGUUUCUUACGCCCGAGAGUCUGCUGCACAAGUACGAAUGUUCGAUGUCAUUGGAAAAUUCAAAUAAAUUAAAAAUGGCUACUUAUCCAACAAUUACAAUGCUUGGGCAUGUAAAAUAAAGUUUAAGAAAUAAGUAUUAUUAGAGACAACGUAGAGUAGUGUUUUAUAAUGCAUAUCAGAAUGAGUGUGCGUAUGAGAAGAACAAUUUGUUGCGGGAUCGCAAUAUUAUUAAGCGUAGUGUACUUGUAUACAAAUCGAACCCUGUAUACAAAUGUACGCGACAGAAAUGUUUCUUUAAAGUUACUUCUUAACGCUGCUAUAAAGGCAGCUGAAUUCGGUGGUUCCGAAGUAAUAGCAGUCCACGAGCAAGUUAAGUUUGAGGUAGAGAGUAAGGGAAAAACAAAAGAAGGUGAAAAUGAUCCAGUAACAGAAGCAGAUUAUAGAUCACAUUGCGCAAUGUACCAUUCUUUGGUAGAAGCAUUCCCAGGCAUAACUGUAAUAUCUGAAGAAACAUCAAAAGACUGUGAUAAAGUUGCAGUAUCGGACAUAAGAGACUCUGUCGAUAGCUUGGUCGAUUACGAUAUUAAGGAUGAAAUUGUGAACACUAACGAUAUAACAAUUUGGAUCGAUCCUCUUGAUGCUACCAAAGAAUUCACAGAAAAUUUGUUGCAAUACGUUACGACUAUGGUUUGUAUCGCCAUUAAAGGAAAGCCAAUAAUAGGUGUUAUAUAUAAGCCAUUCGAAACAAAACAAAAUUCUAGUCUGUUUUGGACAUGGACCGAUCAUGUGGUAUCACGAAAUUUACAGGGACUACACAAGGAAGACGACAGACAACCAAUUUUAAUUGUAUCGCAAUCACACGCUGGUCAAGUUCACAAUGUUACCAAAAGUGUAUUUGGUAAAGGAGUUGAAAUAAUUUCUGCAGCUGGGGCAGGUUAUAAAUUUUUAGAAGUUGCAAGCGGUAAUGCAACUGCAUAUGUACAUAUGACAGUAAUAAAAAAAUGGGAUAUUUGUGCUGGCACUGCAAUUCUCACUGCUCUCGGCGGUACAGUCACGCAAUUGUUUGACCAACAAAUUAUAACUUUUGGGCCCAAUGAUUCCAAAAUACUUACACAGGGUCUUCUAGCUACUAUGAGUAAUCAUGCCUGGUAUUUAGAUAAAUUUUUAAAUAUCUAAUAUAAAAUAUGUCUUUAAAUAUAAUUAUUAGCGUUUAAAAUCUUCCUGCGAGAAUACUAAACAAAUCUUCCAUGUUGUAAAGAUUUGAUACCGGAUAAUAAUUGAUACGAAUAGUUUAAAAACUUUUAUUUAUAAGUCCGU